AAAUUAUGACCUUUACCGGUUAUUAAAAAUAAUGUGUACAAUUUAUGGAUACAUAUUUCGUCUAGCGUAUAAGGAAGAUGACUUGGAUUAACGUGUUUGUAUUUCUUUCAGCCAUCGCGCUAGUUUUAUUGAAUACUGUAACCAAAGGACAAUUACUAAAGGAAGGAGAUUGUAUAGAUAUACCCGCUGUUGAAAAGUUUGACUGGCACAAGAUUGCUGGUAAAUGGUUUAUUCAAGAAAGAUUUGGUGAUGCUUCUCAUAUAUCCUGUCCCGAACUGCAGAUAUACUCAAUAAAAGAGGAAGAUGGAACACUUGACGUAUACAUAGGAUAUCUUAAUAAAACGUCCACAGAGUUUAAUAAUCAUUUUUAUGGAGUAUAUACACCUAGUUCAACUGAUUCAGGAAGAGCAGUUUUUGAUGCAGUAAGUGGACCUGCCAAAGGUCUAUACUUUCCAUUCACAGUUGUGGAUAUUGACUACCAAGAAUAUAUGCUUGUGUAUACUUGUAUUCCUCAUCCUAAGAGAACAGGAACAAAUUUAGAGUUUGUUAUCAUCUAUUCACGAAAACGAGAUAAACUGACUACAGCAAUCAAGAAUCGCCUGUCAAGACUACUUGACCAGUAUGAUGUAAAUGCAAAUAACUUUAGUUCUUUUGAUCAGAAUAAAGAAACAUGUGAAACUAAGACAGAAAAAGGAGAAUUGUAAUAGCUUAACGAAGUGAAUAGAUUAUGACCACAUAUGAGAAUGAGAUCAAAUGUAAACGUGUAGUAUAAUUAGGUCUUUCCACUUUUCUGUUGAAAGACCUAUUGGUUUUCUUCUGAUUAUUUUUUUUUUCUUCCGCCAAAUUUUGUUCUUGCGAUAAAUUUUUGUUUCGCAAGAUGUCGCUUAGAUGUUUCGUAUAUGAUAUCGAACAGUUUAUGCGCCUUUGAAAUUGACCCUGCUUAACCGAAUACUUUUCUUGGUAGGAGUUAUCUCCCUGAACACUGUUUUCCUUGUGCAUGCAUCUCCUCCGUAACCGUAUAAGAAAGCAACAAAUUUAUUUUACCAAAUUGCUUGUUAUAUCCUCAGGAUGUUUUGUCCAAUUUUGACCGAAGCGAUACGUAAACUCCAUAUGAGAGUUAUUUCCCCUUCUGUAUUUGACAUAAGGGAUAUAUAGAUGUAUAGCAUGAAUGGUGAGUGAUAGAGACCUAAGGUAUAUUGAUUUGAGAUCCUUGGUUCAUUUAAUUGAAAUUGAGGCCAAGGUCAAAGGUCAAGGUCAUAUUCUAAAUUUUGACUUUUCCUUGUUAUUUGAUCUCCUCUGUCACUUUUAAAGAUACAAAUUAAAGAACUAGUGCAAAAUGUUUGCUCAAUUGUGAUUAAGAUAUGAUACAUUUGGUCUGAAACAAUCCAAUGAUAUCUUAUAGGAGUUAUUGUCCCUGAAAUGAUUCAAUUUAAGGUUAAUUGAUUAUUACUCCAACUUGGUACAUGAUAAAGCCAUAGGGUCUUUUGCAAACUGUUGGUUGACACAUGACCUUGAAAAAAGUAAACCGGAAGUCAACUGAAGUGAACCGGAAGUACUAUUUUUUGCACUUAUUUCAUGGAAAAGUACCUAGAAACCAUAAAUUUUUUGAAUGAUCAUAGGUUUACCUAUCAUUUGAGACAUUUUAUAAACCGGAAGUAGCAUAUUAUCUUCCUUAUUACAGGCAUAAGUAUAUACAAACUAUAUAUUUUUGGAAUCAGUGUGAAUAAAGCUAUCAUAUGAGACCGGAAGUGACAUUUUCUAAACCGGAAGUUGGCAAUUAUCUCCCUUAUUUCAGGCAAAAGUAUAUAGAAACCAUUUAUUUAUUGAAUCAGUAUGAAGAAAUCUAUACUUUGACGCUAUUAACAACUUUGAGUAAACUUGAAGUAGCUUCUUAUCAAUUAUUUAGAAAAUUGAUGUGGAAAGACCUUCAAUUGUUCUUUGAAUUAUUAUUAUAUUUUUCUUCUUCCGCCACUUUUUUCUGAUGGUGCUUUUUUGUUUCGCAAGAUGUCGCUUAGAUUUUUUGUGUAUGAUAUCGAACAGUUAUUGCAAUUUUGAAACUGACCCUGUUUAGCCGAAUACUUUUUAUUGUAAGAGUUAUCUUCCCAAACACUGUUUUUCUUGUGUACGCAUCUCCAUCGCAACCGUAAAAGAUUAUGACGAAUUUAUGUCUCCAAUUUGUUCGUUAUAUCCUCAGGAUCUUAAGCAUAAUUUUGACCGAAGCGGUCCAGAAACUCCAUAUGAGAGUUAUUUCCCCUUCUGUAUUUAAAAUAAAUAAAAUGUAAUUGUAAUUGGUAAACCAUAAGUGAUAAGGACCUAGGGUCUUUUGAUUUGAGGUCCUUGGUCCAAAAAAAAGAAAAUAGGGCAAGGUCAAAGGUCAAGGUCAUUUUUAAAUUUAGAUUUUGGCUUAUUUUCACCUCUUUUCGAACACGGUAUAAGAUAUCGACAACAUAUUUUUACUUAAUUGUUAGUUGCUACAUGUCGUAACACAUACAUAUCGGUUUAAAGGGUACGUUUACAUCAAAUGAGAGUUUUCUCCCCUCUUUUAUUUGAAAAUAUGCAUAUGGUGAUAUAACUUAUGAACCAAAUAUAAUUAAGUCCUAGGGUCUUUUGAUUUUAGGUCCUUGGUUGAUGACCUUGAAAUUGAGCUCAAGGUCAUAGGUUAAAUUGACGUUCUAGAUUUUGACCUUUGCUUUUACCUCAUAUGUAUACAUGAUAAAUCCAUGGGAUUUUUGCAUUAGGUUUCAAGCCAUUUAACCUAAGACAACCGGAAGUGACCUUGUUUAAACCGGAAGUAGCUUGUUUUUUGUACUUAAUUGAUGUAAAAGUUUAUAGAAGCAUAUAUUUUUGGUAUCAGUGUCAAUUAAACGUUUGAAUAAUACCGGAAGUAACAUUUUUCAAACCGGAAGUAACAAAUUAUCUCCCUUAUUUAAAAAAUAUUGUAUAGAAACUAUAUAUUUUUGGAAUCAGCGUACAAUAAGCUAUCAUUUGAAGCUGGAAAUGACAUUUUAAAACGAAUUUUACUAUUUUCAUAUUAAAAUACAUGUUUUUUGUGGAAAGACCUUCAAUUCUUCUCUGAACAAUUGGUUUUUAAUUAUCUUUAUGUUUAUUCUGUUACAUAAACAACUGAAUUAAAUUAUACAAAAUUCUGGAACGACAUUAUAUAUUCAAUGUUUUAAAAGAAAGUUGAAGGCUGUAAACUAUAAAGUUAAAUAAAACUGAUAAUUUA